CCUACAGUUGAGAAAUGUUCGCCAGAACAACUUUAACAGAAUCCAAAACGAAAAACUCAAAGUCGGGCAUGCCUAUAUUUUAAGGUUAAACGCCUUGCAAAGGGAGAAAAGGCCAGAGCUGUGCUAUAAUGCUAACGAUUUCAGAGUAGAGGGAUUUGCUUUUAUGGUGGGAAAGGGUUCUUAGAGGGGUGGAGUAUCUAAUUAAACUACUACUUUGAGGGACGAAUGUAAAUAAUUGUUCUUUAUCGCUCCUCAAGUAGUAUUUCAUUAUUGUCUGCUUAUGUUAGUUCAAAGGGAUUUAAGUGUUGAAACUUUGUGUGCGACGCAGUAUAUUUUAUCUUUUGGCCGUAAUGUAACAGUUUUUAUCUGACCCAGUAUGUGUGCGCCACAACGUUGUACCUAACAACAGGAAAGUGCAGUGAAGAAAUGUAAACAAUUUAUUGAUAAUACAAUGAUUUGUUAUUUUGACCUAAUCAUUAUGAUAAAAAAGAGGUCAAUUUAUGUCAGCAAAUAAGUACUAAAAAUAAAUUUGGAUUUUAAAAUAAAAUUGUCACUCUUUAUAUUGGGAUAUCAUUAUUAUUAUUACUACUACACUAUAUUAAGACAAAUGGAGAAAACCGAAAAACGGCAAACCUUGAUGCCAGACUAGAAAAUCGGUAGCGUUAGAUUCUAUAACGCGUCACCAGCAUUUUACUACAGAGAUAAAUUAAUUAAGUCCCAGUUUAUCCGAUGUCAUUAAUCCAAAAUAUGGCGCUAAAAAGUAAGAAGCCGAAAAGGGAACAUGACAAUGACGCGUUUUAUGGAGCAGACGAUAAAAGCGGCGUUGAAGGAAUAAGGAUGGGUACCUUAGAGGAUAAACAUGAUAUAAUACCAAAGGUAGAAGCAGACGAUAAAGACAGCGCUGAUGUUGCUCAAGACGAGGCCGAUAUAGGAUUCAAA